UGUAGUUUUUAAUGGCUGCUAAAGUGAAGCAGAUACCACAGAAGAGUGUGGGCAAAGAACAGAAGAAAAAAUGGUCACUGAAAUCUGCUUCACCUCUCAGAAAAGCAUCCAAGAAAGUAUUGCAUCAAGUCACGGUAGAGAAAAUCAGCAGUGACACUAAAUCUACUGGGGACCUGAGAAGUAAAAGAAGAAAUAUGAUAAAUAAAGGGAAAUACUUUGUGCACAAGCCAAAGUUUCAGCAAAAUUUAACUAGUAACCAUGGUUGUGAAGAGGACUCAGAGGACUUGGAUGAGAAUGAAAGUGAUAAAGAGGAAAAUGAGAUGAAUGCUGAAUUAGGUGUGCAGAAAUCGAAGUCCAGGCACAGUAACAUAAGGAAGGAAACCAAAGAGGACUGUUCAGAGACUAGUGAUGAAAAUGACUAUGACAGUGAUGAGGAUGGAGCUGAAAGUGACAUUACAGAGAGUGAUGGUGGUAGCAGCAGUAGUGAAGUUAUUGAUCAGAAGGAUGAUUUCAAACUGUCUGGUAGCCAAAAGACAGAGGAUAUAAAGACUGCAAAUGAAGACAUAAGGAAAGAAUUGUCAAGUAUGUCAUUUGAAGAAAUUCUGCAGCUUCAGAAUAAAAUCGGAACCAAACUUUACAGUCAGGUGGUUUAUGGAACAGAAAGUACUUCCGCAGCAGACAAGAAAAAAUGUAAACGGCAGAACAAAAACAGGCCAAUAGAGAUUUCUGCAAAGAAGCCAGUUCCAUUUCUAAGACCGGUGGUUGCUGUGAAAAAGAGGGUGUCCAGAGACCCCCGGUUUGAUGAUCUUUCUGGAGAGUACAGAGCUGACAUAUUUGAAAAGACGUAUGCUUUUGUGGAUGACAUCAAGAUGCAUGAGAAGACGAUUCUUCAGAAAAAAAUUAAAAAGGCCAAAUCCCAGCAGAAGAAGAAAGAGUUGCAGCAACUCCUAGAAAGAAUGGUACACCAGGAGAACGUUAAGAAGCAAAAGCAGAUCCAGCAUCAGCGGGAGCUGGAGUUUAAAAAACAGCAGCGUGAGCGUGCACAGCAGGGGAAGAGACCGUUCUUCCUAAAGAAGUCUGAUAAACGAAAACUGGAAUUGGCUGACAAGUACAGAGAGUUAAAGAAGAGUGGCAAGCUAGAUAGUUUCCUGAGCAAAAAGAGGAAGAGGAACGCAUUGAAGGACCGUCGGAAACUCCCCUUUAAAAAACAUGCCUAAGUUUGUCUCCUGCAUUCCAUUGUGUAGAAUCAUGUGGUGGUAUCCACUGUGAUAACUGAAAAAAUGGCCACAGCUAGCUCAAACUUUUUUACCUUUACUGGUUAAAAUAAAGAAUGCCAUUUGGCUUUCUUCUACAAAAACUUUUGCUGCUAUGAGUAGUGUUAGAAUUUUUCAACUAUAAAGUGUUUUGCUAUGUGUUUUUUUUUUUUAAUUUUGUUUUCUGAUAUGAACAUCAGUCACCUUUGAAAGGGUUUACUCAUGCUUGUAAAAGGUAGCAUUGGAUACAAGUAUCGUGAAAUUUCAUAUUGGCCAUUGUAAAUGGCUAUCCUUUUGUAUCAGUUUGGGCAGAGUUAUACAAAUCUUUUCUGAGUUAACUGAUUUUGUAAUCAGUUUUUAAUUACCUGCCAAAUAAAACUAUUUUGUAAUGCU